GUUUUGCUAAUAUUACUUGCCCAGUAACAUUGUUGGCCAUUAUGUCAUACAGCCGUCACGUGCUAUUAACUGCAGUUCAUACAGCAUUUCAAUUGGAAAUCACAUUAAUCAGCAUACGGAUGAACCAACGGAGCGAGCCCCUCCUGUUCUUCCUCAGGCUCCCAGACCUGAGGAGGCUGUGCUGUACUACCAUGUCUCUGGACAUACAGUCCAACCACGGACAUAUGAGAAACCUGCAGCUAAAGACCUGCAGAGAGAUAUUAUUCCAGUACCCAGAUGUCAUUGCCUCUCCUGUGAUGGAGUCUUUUGACAUUAUUGUUAUAAUGUCUAUUGAAUUUUUUAAGACUGGAGUAAUCCAUGCAUAUGCAAAGGCAUGCAGCAUGCAGAUAAGCACUCCACACCGGGUCCUUCCAAGCUUAAUGCAAGCCUGUUUGUCAUACACUGUGACCGCCAGGCUGGCUCCAGACUGGAACAAGGCAGGACAGUUCCUCAUUAGAGGAAAACAUUUUCUUUCCUCCUCUGGCAAGCUUAAUGCCAUUGUGACGGAGUUCAGUACCAGGGAAGGUCAGCUGUGUGUCAGUGUAGGAUGCAGUACUGUAAGACUUCCACCAGCCACCCUUGAGGAGUUUGACAUCGCACCCAAUGUUCUGAGGAACUUCAGAAGUUGCAGGUCUGCUGUGAUCCAGACCUCCUCCAUAGCUAAUAAUUGGUGCUACAUACUGCCCAGUAUGAAGAAGGGUCAAAUCGUCAGCAUCAGCCACCAGAUGGCCCCUGAGUGCCCUUUCCAGACGUAUUCUGACAUUCAGAAGCAUUGGAGUACUUUGUACGGAUACGAACUCCCCCAGGAGGAGGAGGGCCUGGUCUAUUGCAGUGUGUAUUUCAAAAUGGUGGGAGAGAAGCUCUUUACUUACCCUUUGAGCUGCAUCAGGACUCAGCCUGUCCAAAUCCUUGCCAGGGUUGACCUACAGGAGGCACUGAACUCCUUCUUGCCAGACCUUCGAGGGAAACUCCAAAGCAUCUGUGGUUUUCCUGUCCAGAUGACCACCAAACCAUUGUGCUACACCACCAGCUUGAUUUCAGCCGGUUCACAGAAUUUUUACACUAGGCCUUUCAAUCUGGCUGCCAAGGCCAUCAGCCGACCAAUCCCCGCACACGCUCAUGGCAGUGACCCCCCGGGGCCCUCAUCUGAGGGAGGUCCAUUAGAACCUUCUCCCCAAGCUCCCAUUGCACUGAUGGGCAAGUACAGCCUGUCCAGCGGAGAAGGAAAGGGGGUUCGGGGAAACAGACUUUCCAUCGGAGCUGCUGACUUAAAUGCUGCGGACAAGUGCCAAGCCCUCCCCUCUAGCUCCACAGUCACCCCUGUUAGCUCGCAGCCCUCACAGCCCUUGCAGACUCUUCAGAACAGGGCUAGGAUCGUGCCCGUCUUCAGAAAGGGGCGCGCUGCUGGGUCUCAAGCAGGCAAUGAGGAGGGGAGGAGAGGAGAGAGACAUGCGUCCUCUGGGAACCUGAUUACGUCUGGGGCCUCAUCGCUGUUGUCGCAGGGGCACACCGGGGUCAGGCCAGGAAGUGCCUGUGGGGAGCCUUCUGGGGACUGGUUUGAAUGUAAACCCAAGAAACCAAAGUCCUGCGUUCAGGAUAUUGAUGUGGAAAAUUAUGCGAGAAACAAUCAGCUAUCGAAGGUUAAUGCGACGACCCUGCAAGCCUGGCUGAAGAGCAAAGGGAUAAGGGUGAGGUCAAGGGAGAAGAAGGAGGUGCUGAUCGCCAAGGUUUCUUGCUGCCUGAGUGAAUCGUAAUGUGCAAGAUGCUGGCCUGCUUUGCCGUGGCGCUGGUGUUUAUUAAAGUUCUACGCAGUGCACUGUGUGCACGUUUGUAUGUGGCCUGGCUCCUCAGGCUUCGACCUUGUCGCCUGACUUGUUUGGCUUUGACAGCCAGGCUAAACAAAGACAACACUGCAGUUAUUUUCUUUUUCUGGGUUGGAAACAGGCCUAGAAAUUUGUUCUGUGUUCUGAAGUAUCACUAUUGCAGUACUCAUAUUUAGAAUAGUAGCCUUAAAUAGUCUUUGUAGAUAAUUCUUUUAAUGUUAGUUUUGAGGUUGGCAAAUAUUCUUGGGCACUACAGUAGCACUACAGUAGCAACCCACAAAUAUAGUUGGAGUAACUUUAUGUGUAAAUGUUCACUUGCCUAUUGUUACCUCUAGUUAAUACAUUAAAAGAACUAUUUGUGCUUUAAAAA